AUGGAUAUUAAGAUCACAUCGAAAGAGCUCUUCCGAUAUACUGAAGGUCGGUGGUUGGUUGGCGAUGACCUCAAUCAAGAACUGCGUUACGUCAAAUUUGAUGUCCACGAACUAUGUCGCCGUGCUGCCGAAGACGUUGGAGAUGGGACCAAGGUUAUUCGUGUUGACAAAAUACCUUCUUUGAAUAGCAGGGUCUUCCUUUUGACCAUGGACGAUGAGAAGGAGAUUAUAGCGAAGGUCAAAUGUCCAAUCACCGGUCCGGUGAUGAUGACGACGAUUUCGGAGGCUACUACCCUUGCAUUCCUGGAUGGAAUGACAUCCAUCCGAGUUCCGGAAGUGUACUGUCUCGAGUGUGACGAGGAAAAGCUUGGUGCAGAAUACAUUCUCAUGGAGAAGAUGAAGGGGGGUCCCCUUGACGCAAAAAUGGGGCUCUAUGAACAGCCUGGAUCAAAUGAAGAUGAUUGA